AAAGCCUUCAAUCGGGCAGAUCAUAUCCGGUGCAGAUGUUUGGCAUGUUUUGCCUCUGUUUCCUUACAGUUUUAGUUUUAACUUCAGUUUAAACCGGUGUUUACCUCAGUUAUUUCCAUCCGUCAUGUCUCGGGGAUCAAGUGCAGGGUUUGACCGCCAUAUCACCAUCUUCUCUCCGGAGGGACGACUCUACCAAGUCGAGUAUGCCUUCAAAGCCAUCAACCAGGGAGGACUGACAUCUGUAGCGGUCAGAGGGAAGGAUUGCGUUGUGAUUGUCACACAAAAGAAAGUCCCCGACAAGCUGUUGGAUGCCUUGACGGUCACACAUCUGUUCAGGAUUACAGAGAACAUUGGCUGUGUUAUGACUGGCAUGACUGCUGAUAGCAGGUCUCAGGUGCAGAGGGCACGGUAUGAAGCAGCUAACUGGAUGUACAAGUAUGGCUAUGAGAUCCCUGUGGACAUGUUGUGCAAACGCUUGGCAGAUAUCUCCCAAGUCUACACGCAGAAUGCUGAGAUGAGGCCGCUAGGCUGCUGUAUGAUAGUGGUCGGCCUGGAUGAAGAGUUGGGUCCGCAGUUGUACAAGUGUGAUCCAGCCGGCUACUACUGUGGCUUUAAGGCCACAGCAGCUGGAGUCAAGCAGACUGAAGCCACCAGCUUCCUAGAGAAGAAAGUCAAGAAGAAACUGGAUUGGACCUAUGAGCAGACUAUAGAGACUGCUAUCUCAUGUUUGUCAACCGUGCUUUCCAUCGACUUCAAGCCAUCAGAGCUGGAGGUGGGAGUUGUCACUACAAAGGAAUCCAAAUUCAAGAUUCUGUCAGAGUCUGAGAUCGACAUUCACCUGGUGGCUUUGUCUGAGAGAGAGUGAGGAAAGUUGGCAGCCAUUUUGCUGCCGUCUGCAUUAUUCUGAAAAGGAUGAUGAACGGCAACCCCACCUCCUCCACACAAAGGUCUUGUCCAGAAGCAAGGUAAAGGAGGAGUUGGUAUCACCUUGUUCCGGAGAGGUGGUAUUACACAUUGAACUGAAUAAAGAACAAUAUGACCCUUUUUUACCAGGUGGGUAAAAUACAUUACCCAUCUGCUCCGGCACUUCCUCCUCCAAUCUCUCUCUGGUCAUACCCAGGACCUGACUGGACACAAUAUUAUCCAUAUAUCGACCCCAUUUUCCUUCUUACCACGCUGAAACACCCUUACUGCAGGCAGCUGCCAAAUGGCAUAGAGCCUGGAAAGAUGCUGGACAUUCAAAUCUGUCAACCAUAUAACACAUGAGUCUGAUAUGCUCUGAUGGUGUCAGAAAGCCACAGUGCCCUCUCUGGAUGGAGCUCAGCCCAAAAGACUUCAGUUGAUGAGUGUGACAUGAGCAGAUUGGAAGACAGGGGUGCAGUAACACUACGACUACAGCACAAUACCUCCUAAUACCUCUUACUUUGUAAGGACUUGGUGGUCCUGCAGCUUCUUGAGUCACUGUAUUUCAACAGUGCUUUCAGUCUUUACUCAGGGCUGCCACAUGUAUGUCUCAUUUUAUUCAUCAGCUUUAAAGCCUUCGCUGUCCUUAGUUUCAGCAUGAUGUUUAUACCCUGAUGUACUUUGUGAUAACCCAGGGAACAGCUGUGGGAAUUCUCCCAUUGCGACAGUCAUCCUUGUCACACCCCUGCUGAAGUCUGCUCAGGUCAACGUCAAUGGGAAGUCUCUAAUUAUACCAUUCUCUCCCUGGUGUUUUGAUCCUCCUCUCCUCUGCUCACUUUGAUGUACAUUUCUGCACUUCUAUUAAACAGUGUUUUUAUGGAACACUUA